CGCCGGGUCCCAGCGCAGCAUCCGCCCAGUCCCGGUCCCACCCGCCCGCCGGAGUCCAGGCUUGUGAGGAUGGAGGAGUCCCAGGAGACGUCGCCGUCCUCCAACAACUCCACUGAAGAGCUCAGCUCUGCCCUGCAGCUAUCCAAGGGCAUGUCGAUCUUCCUCGACAUACUGAGGAGGGCAGACAAAAAUGAUGAUGGAAAAUUAUCCUUUGAGGAAUUCAAAGCAUAUUUUGCAGAUGGAGUUCUCAGUGGAGAAGAACUGCACGAGCUCUUCCACACCAUUGAUACGCACAACACUAACAAUCUUGACACAGAAGAACUAUGUGAAUAUUUUUCUCAGCAUUUGGGCGAGUAUGAAAAUGUACUGGCAGCACUUGAAGACUUAAAUCUCUCCAUCUUGAAAGCAAUGGGAAAAACAAAGAAAGACUACCAAGAAGCCUCCAACUUGGAACAAUUUGUCACUCGAUUUUUACUGAAGGAAACAUUAAAUCAGUUGCAGUCUCUCCAGAAUUCUCUUGAAUGUGCCAUGGAAACAACUGAGGAGCAAACCCGUCAAGAAAGGCAGGGCCCAGCCAAACCAGAAGUCCUGUCCAUCCAAUGGCCUGGAAAGCGAUCAAGCCGACGAGUUCAGAGACACAACAGCUUUUCUCCCAACAGCCCUCAAUUUAAUGUCAGCAGUCCAGCCUUAUUGGAAGAAGACAACCAGUGGAUGACCCAGAUAAACAGACUCCAGAAAUUAAUUGAUAGACUAGAAAAGAAGGAUCUGAAACUUGAACCUUUGGAAGAAGAAGUUAUUGAAGAAACUACUAAACCUCACAUCAUGCUCGUGCAACGCCAAAUGUCUGUCAUAGAAGAGGACUUGGAAGAAUUCCAGCUUGCUCUGAAGCACUAUGUGGACAGUGCUUCCGCCCAAAGUGGAUGCUUGCGUAUUUCUAUACAGAAGCUGUCUAAUGAAUCCCGCUACAUGAUUUAUGAGUUCUGGGAGAAUAGCAGUGUGUGGAAUCGCCAUCUUCAGAUGAAUUACAGCAAGACAUUCCAAAGAAGUAACGUGGAUUUCUUGGAAACUCCAGAACUCACAUCUACUAUGCUAGUCCCUGCAUCAUGGUGGAUCCUCAACAACAAUUAGACAUUUUCUUCAUUGUUCCAAGUGAAAAACAAGUGUUUUUACCUAAACUGUUGACUAGAAAAUUCUCUGUCAUUGCUGAUCUGCUGUAUACUUCAUUUAAUGUAUUUAAGUGUAUUCUCCUAAAGUAUAUGCUACAAAAAGUUUCAAAGUUUGUUGAUACUCUUAACAUUAGACACUAAUUGUUUUGCUCCAUUGUAAUCUAAUUAUUGUGGCAAAAUCCUAAUAUGUGAUAAAAGGUACAUACAUAAAGUAAUAAAAUGUGAAAAUUAUAGUAAGAAAAAUUUAAGGUGAAACUUUUAGACUAUUGCUUCAUAGGACAGAUUUUGUAGAUCACCACAUUGAAUCAAUGUCUUGUAAUCUUUUUAUUAUUGUACUUUUCUGUUAAUGAAAUAUUCUUCAAUAAUGUUGACUCCAUUUCCAUCACAUGCUCCUACAACUCUUUUCUUUAUAUUACUUUUAAAAUUAGUAUAUAAGCAAUCCUGGAUAUAACCUGUAGAAUCUCUAUCCAUAUGUUAGAUCAUAAACUGAUAAAUUACAAGUGCACAAUUUUGUGAAUAGGUGGUGUGCCAUUCACUAAUGUAGCACUGUUAUAUCACUUAAUAGCAUUGUAAUUCUCCAUAUGUAAGUUAAACAUUAUUAAGAAAGUUUUACUUUGGGGAAAUACAACUUAAACUUCAUGGCAUAUGGCUAUGAUAUAUGAUACAGACAGCUAACUUUUCUUGUGAAAAUAGAAAUUUGCAUUUAGGUAGAUUUUAAAAUACAGUACUACUUUAACAAUAAAGUUUAAACCCAAUGAAUAAAGAGGAAACAGAAAGUAAGCACAAAACUUCAAGGCAGAAGAUACCUAUUUUAUAGUUUUACACUUAGAUAAUUAAUAAUUUAUAUCUUAUCUACUCUUCUCUACAAAUCCAUAAGCUAAAUAUUUUCAGUAAAAACUUCUGGUUAUAGAUGCUGCUAUGAUAAUACAACACAGGUGACAGUGUGAUCCAUGUUAUCCUCUUGUCCACAUUCCUUUGAGAUGCUAGGCCUUCAGGAAAAAAAUGUUAAGUUUUCCUAUCUUCAUGUUGGAAAACUCAGGAAAAGGGUAGGAUUGAAUGAAAUUUUUAUUUCAUAAAUAUAAGGUUUGACCUGGAAUACUUUUCUCAAACCAAUUUACAGAAUACUAACUUUUAUGAAAUACGUUUUUAUACUUCACUCCUCCAUCAAUCUAAUUAAAAUUCUUACAGUUUCUGUUAGACAUUAAGUAGCAAAUUUUAACAUACAUUUACACAAAAGUUAUGUGUGUGUGUGUGUGUGUGUGUGUGUGUGUCCAACUUCAAAGAUGCCAAGCACUAAGAAAAUGUUUGGCUGAACUCUUUUAAUAGAAACAUAUACAAAGCCAGGAGCAUUGAUUGAGCUGUUGUUCAGCAAUUAUUCUGA